AUGACCCAGGCGCUCGUUGGGAACGGUUUGAGCGAGCAGUUUAAAGAGCUGCUGCGGAGGAGGGAGCCCAUUGAGACCUUGGUCACCAACGGAGAAUCGCGGAGAAUUUGGGCCAAAGAAGAGCGUCCCUCCUAUCAAGCGGAAGAAGUUGAGAAGAGGAUCAUCGAGCCGCAAGCGCUUGAGAAUGCUUUGGCCAAGGAGUUCUUGCCGCCGCUUAUAGUUCGGGUCUUGCCGGCCACGCAAGAUCUCACUGUGGAUGAGACCACGGUCUAUGCGAAGGAGGUCUUACUUGCAGGCCUUCGUGGACAGGAUACCAUUGAAAUGCUCAAAGAGAAGCUCAUCAAGGAUGGGAUCACCGAUGGACCUCCCCGGGUGUUUCUACCUCCACACGAGCUGCGGGAUGAGAUGAAGCUGGGGGAGUGCUACGUGCAGUGGACAGGCUUUGGCCUAGACAACUGGCCGCCUAAGUUCGUGGUGAAGCCUGAGCUCAAGGGCUUUGAGCUGGUGGUCAGUGUGCCUGCUUACGACACGACGGUGUGGGAGCAGGUGAAGGGCCAGAAGAAGCUGAAGAAGUACACCACAAGGCGCCUCAUUCUGGACCUCCGGCCUCACGACAACGUCGGAGUGGUGAAGCGCAUCGUUGAGCAGCGACUUGGAAUUGCAGUUGCUCAGCAGAUCCUUUCGGCCGAAGUGGCCGGCGAUCUCUUUGGGGCACCAGGACACCAUACCUAUUUCGUGGACCUGGAGGAUGAUGCCCAGACCAUGCAAGAAUACGCCAUUGAUAGGUUUGGCCUUGGCAUUUACCUCAGGGUCAACAGGUUCGAUGAGAACGGGGACUUCGACUUUGAUCACGCGGAGUUUCUGGAAGAAGAUCACCACCAAGAUGGGUGCACCUGA